CGUGUGCCUGUGCUACCGACGCUAUCCCACUCCCGGCUGUAAUCUUGGCGCUUGUACCUUCUGUGUAGACAUCUCAUUUCUCGAAACCUGGAACAGGAGGGCAUGAAGCCCGAUCUCCUCCAAGACUUCCCACUUCGUCCAGACUCAGUGGCAAUGUCCUUUCCCCGUCUGGGAAUUGCCAAUUGACCCAGCUCGACCAAGACAACCUAACUUCGACGGCGACAACGACGGCGCCAACAAGAUACUUACUGUAAUUACAGGCAGCAGCAACAACAACAACAAGGCCGCCGAUGAGAGUGGACAGAGACUGCCCGUUGAGUGACGCCCAUCCAAUAAGAAACGAUAUCUCCUGAGGAUUUGGCCCGUCAUCUGCGGCGAUCCUGUGGUGCCUCAUUUCCACGCUUUUACACGACACAAAGCCGCGACCACAAUAACAUCUAAUCAAUACGAUCGCAACCCCGCCGUCUUCUCACGCACUCUCUCUUCUACCUCCAGGCCUGGUCUUAGGCUCGUACACUCUUUAUUUUUUUUUCUAAAAGUUCUACCAGCAAGACGCAUGUUCCUAGUAAGCGUAUCUGACUUGCGACUACUUUCGGGGCUUCUCUCCUUUCAACCCCACCCUCCACUUCUGGUUACACCAUCUGUCCGUCCAGAAAGCCUCCAUUGGCAACGCAAAAGGCGCCAAUCCACCACCAUCCUCCUGGCCACGUCCUGAGGACGCUGGAAAUUCUUCGUCGACGGCCCGGCUCUUGACCUUCGCCUAUUCCGACUCAUUGCCUGCCUGAAGUGCAACAAUCUUUACCAUGUUGCGGCCCGCGACGCCCCUCGCGGUGCUGCUUUUUGCAGCAUUCGGGCUGCUCACGCUGGCCACCAUAUCCACGCCAAUCAUCAAGCAAAUCCCCUUGAGCAGCUUCGAGAUCAAAGAUGUGGGCGAUUUGAGCUUUGGCGUUUUUGGUUACUGUACCUCAAGCGGCUGUAGUCCUAUAGAAAUUGGCUACGAUACCUCCGCCUUCUCUGACAAAAUCAACUCGGACUUCGACAUCCCCAGAGCAACCCGUUCUACACUUUCAAGUAUCCUGAUUGUGCAUCCAGUCGCUGCCUUGAUCACCCUGAUUAACUUCGUCCUUGCUAUUGUGGCCCAUUUUCACUCACCAUCCCAUUCAGCGCGGUACCUCCUGAUCCUAUUCAUUGUCAGCUUUGUUGACUUUAUUGUCUGCCUGUUGUGCUUCCUCGUGGAUGUGUUACUCUUCAUUCCACACUUAUCAUGGGGCUCUUAUAUUGUCGUUGCCGCCACCAUCUUGGUAGCGUUUUGCGGCCUCGUAACCUGCGCCAUGCGCCGAACACUUGUUAACAGGAAGGCGAACAGGAAGCGCAUUGCAGAAAAUGCUGAGAUGAGUGGAGAGAACUACUACAACCGUCAGGCACAAACUGCCCCUGUCACGCAGGUUACCGGCCCUCAACCAACCGUACCCAUGAUCAGCGGCGCGAACGGCGGAGGCGACAAGCUGCCCGAAUUCACUACUUUCGAGAAGAAGGACGACCGUAGCGAGGAAAGAAUCCCACUUACGUCGGUUAGCCCCAUCGAGCGGUCACCAGCGACAUUAGUCAACGAUAGCACGCCACCCAAUUUUAUGGAUGGUGCGCCCUCUCGAUCACCCUCUACCACACCUGUUGGCCGAGACCAGUACGGGAACCCACUACCACCUCAAGAUGGCUAUGCCAUGAGGGUUGGCCCUCAAAAUGAGCGUUUGAAUUCACGGGGUAGGGGUGGUAUGCCGCCCGGAGGCUACCGUGGACGUGGUGGCUUUCCCGGACCUGGAAGAGGUGGUGGACCUCCCCAAAAUGGACGAGGAGGCUAUGGCCCACCAGGACGAGGAAGAGGAGGCUAUGGUCCGCCGCCCCGCGGAUACGGAGGUCCAGGACCAAGAGGUGGCCGAGGCCCGCCGCCUCAAGGAUACCAAGGCGGGCCGGACCGAAGGCCAUCGCCAGGUGCUCCCUAUGGACCUGGCCCUGGUGUGGGCACCUAUGGUCCCAGUCAACCAUCGCCGUACGCUAAUAGGCAACAGUCCCCCGGCCCUCAAUUUGCUGCGCCGGGAUAUGGGAACCCUGAACAACCAGGACCUCAGUAUUCGGCAUACAACCCGAGACGUGUCUCGCUCCCAAGAGCCGAGUCUCCUCCUCCGCUCCCCGGCAUCGAUGACGGCAUGCCCGGCCCUGCCGUAGAGCUGGAUGCUUCUCCCGCAAAUCGGGGCGUUGGGCAGUACGGAAUCAGGGACAGUGAUUCAGAUGUCGCCGGCAUGUUGGCUAUGCAGCAAGCCAGGGUUCCAGACCCGGAUCGCGGCAAUGACGCGAAUGGUCAUAGCCAAGAAGGGCCCAACGACGUUUACGUGCCGCCCAGACAAGCAUGGAACCAAGGAUUUGUGGGAAGCACCCCGGGACUAGCGCCACCAACAGCCCGUGGUCCAACACGUCCGAUUUCUGAAGCCGUCACAGCUACAGUGGCCAGUGAUUAUUACGAAGACGUCGAUCCGCGCUUUGCUGAGCCUUCAGCCGCCGCAGACAAAAGGCCACCGCCCAUCUCCAUGCAGUCACCUCCAGCAUCCAACUCAUAUGACGACAUUCCCAACCGAGCUAGGAGCCCGGCUGAGUCUGAAAACUCUAACUUCACCUCGAUAUCCCAGCGAGGCAUCAACCCGCGUUGGAACUCCGCCAACGCACCGAUGCCUCCCCCCGUAGCGGGAGUCUAUGCAGGAGGAGGAGGAGGAGGCAAUGUGGUACCUCGGCGGCCGGUUAAUCGCCCCGGCGCUGGUCCUGCCGAUGGCUCAGAUCUGUUUCUCAACUCUAACCCAGACUUCCAACUACCCGGGCGCGGUGGCAACAUGCCUAGAGCGGCCGGCCCCCGGUAAUGAAUUAAUAAGCUGACAGGAGUUAUAAAGAAGGGUUAUGAUUGGUGAAGGGCAGAGUAACUUGCUUUGAUCGAGUGGACCGGGCACAUGUUUCUGGAUGGAUAUGUUUUUCGAAAAUUUUAGACAUUUGCCAACGGCUUGUGAUUCAUGGAAUGAGAGACCAUAUAUAUAUAGUAUGAUCGGUCAGGUAGUUAGCACAAAGCAGGGCAGGCCUGGAAGGCAGGAUGAAGAGAAAGAAGAUUGAGGGGAAUUUGUAGCGCUUGUCAUUCCUGUAUCGGGUCUGGUUCUUAAUAUUUUUUCUGGUGGCGGUUUUCGAUCCUUUUUUUUUUUUUUUUUCUCUUUUUCUUCUUUUUCCCUUUCUUUCUUCUUCAAGCGAAACAGACAGGGAAGCGAAACAGAGCGUGUAACUUGAUGAAACCUGAUGUAUACGACACUACUACCCAUCCAUACCUGUGUCACAUACAUAUGGACGAGGCAUAUCUUCUCUUUUACCUCUUUGUUCCUGUCUCUUCUUUUCGUGAUGGAGGACACCCUCUUUUUCAUUUCAGCUUUCGUGACAAGAAAAGCUGAAUUGAUGCUAGUCAACACGGAAAUUUUACGCGACACCCGAGAAGACAAGAUGCUCGUACUGUCAAGGGGGGAAUGAAUGUGGAAGGAGCUGAAGGAUAAAUGGAGGGCGAUGCAUCCCCUGGGUGGUGUGCAGAUUCAAAUAGUUCAAUUGAACACUUGAGAUUGAC